GAGACGCGCGACGCUCAGUGCAAGUUUGACGCCGAUCAGGGUGUGAUGUACAGCAGCUGUACCACCACUGACCAACAGAUAUUGUGACAUACUAGUGAACAUGAGCAACUUUUAACUCUACCAUCAACUAGUACUACCAAGCACACACCUGCAGCAUCAUCAACCAGCACGCUGCCAUCCUCAACCAGCACGCUACCGUCAUCAACCCCACUUCUUCAACAUCAUCAACCAGCACCCACCAACCAACAAGUGUUACAGCCUCCACGAAGAUACAGCUUGUGUGUGACGUCAUUAGGAGUAUCAACAUGGCCGACAGUGUCAACACAGGUGUAACCAAUCCCACCUUCCUUAUGGACGAGGAGGGGAGCCAAGUUUCAAAAGCCACCACUGAGAAAAAUGUGGGCAGCAGCGGUGUGGGCGGUAGCGGAGAAAGAAGCAAUCUGACGAAGGAGGAGAAAAUGAUGAAGAUGUCGAUGAUAAAGAAUAUUGUCAUUAUCUCGCUGGCCUUCACAUUCCUCUUCACCAGUUACAACACCACAGCUGGCCUCCAGUCCUCCCUCAACAAAGCAGCAGGUACAGCGGGACUAACAGCCACCUACGUCACUAUGGUGCUGUCGUGCUGUUUUCUGCCGUCGCUAGUGCUGCAGGUGCUGAAGGAGAAGUGCACAAUGGUAGUCUCGAUGCUGUGUUACUCGGGCUACAUCGCAGCUCAGUUCUACCCCAGGAUAUACACCUUGGUCCCAACUGCUGCCAUCCUGGGUAUAGGCGCCGCUCCUCUCUGGGCAGCCAAGUGUACCUAUCUCACCAAGGUGGGGACCCUCUACGCCCAGCUGACGGGGGAAGACAACGGCGUCGUCAUUACAAGGUUCUUUGGCAUCUUUUUCCUCUUUUUCCAGUCGACGAAUAUUUGGGGCAACAUUAUUUCCUCCACAGUGUUGUCCAUCGGUGUGGAGAAGAAUGACGUGCCGGAUGAGGCGGCCCUACUCACCUGUGGCUACAACUUCUGCAUUUCUGAGUCUGGUGAAAGCUCUGCCAGCCUCACCAACGUCACCAGCAGCAUCAACGACACUCCCACAGAGUCAGAGCUGCCUUCUAGCUGGAAGAUCUACACCAUAACAUCAGUGUUCCUGGCCUGUACCUUCCUCUCCUCCCUCACCACACUCUUCUUCGUUGAUCCCGUCACCAAGUUCACACACAAGGAGGACCAGGAUACCAAGAGAGAGUCUGUGAGCCAGCUGGUAGUGUCAACCUUCAACCACAUGCGUCACCCUUACCAGCUGUUAGUCAUACCCCUUACCAUCUACUCCGGUCUCGAGCAGCAGUUCCUCACAGCUGACUACACUGCCGCGUAUGUUACAUGUGCCCUGGGGGUACACAUGGUGGGCUACGUGUUGAUAAGUCUGGGUGUGAGCGCUGCCUUCUUCUCUGUGGCGCUGACUCCGCUGGUGAAGGUGGUGGGUCGUGUUCCUAUCUUCACCUUCGCCUUCCUCAUCAAUGCGUCUCUCGUGGUCACCUUCACCUACUGGAAGCCUCACCCAGACCACAUGCCGUGGUUCUUCGUGAUUUCAGCGCUAUGGGGAGCUGCGGACGCUGUAUGGCAGACACAAAUCAACGCUCUGUACGGCGUCAUCUUCCCCGGCCAGUCGGAGGCGGCCUUCAGUAACUACCGCCUAUGGGAGUCAAUCGGUUUCACCAUCGCUUACGUCUGUAGCACCGCCCUCUGUGUCAGCGCGAAGAUGACCAUGCUGGUGGUGUUCAUGGUGGCAGGCAUUUUAGGCUACUACGUGGUGGAGGUGCUGGAAAAGAUGGGAGGCCUCAGGAGAGACACUCAGGGUAGAGUUGUACCCAUAGACAAACUCCUCAUCGGCAACAACUGAUCUCCAGCGACAAGUUCCCUUCAUAACGCACAGUUGUUCCUGCAGCCGUCGACUCUACUUCACAUUAAAACACAUAUACUAGUCAUUGUUUUGUGUAUGUGUACAAGGUGUGAACUCCUGUGGCGGUGUACAAGGUGUGGACUCAUGUGGCGGUGUACAAGGUGUGGACUCAUGUGGCGGUGUACAAGGUCACUGGGUGGACUCUCGCGUGGUGUUUGGACUCCGGACUCAGUGGACUGCCCGGUAACCUCACCUUUGCAACUCUAUCCAGUUUCUUUAGUUAAAUACUUACUCAAGCAUGUAUUACUAGCACUGGAGAAACGUUCAUCUGUUACACGUGUAUGUAUUACUAGCACUGGAGAAACUAGUAGUAUCAAUAACAGUAGUGGUAAUAGUAACUGUAGUGGUGGUAGUAAUGAUGUAGUGGUAGCAUAGUAGUAGUAACAGCAUUACCCAGUUUUGUGCACUGCUCAGUAAAGAUGUACUGCCGGGUGUGGUAGACGGGUAUGGUAGACCAUAGAGGGGCCCAUUGUGGUAGUCAUGAAUGGCUGGACCGCCACCGGUGACUCACUAAGCACUGGUGACUCACUAAGCACUGACGACUCACUAAGCACUGGUGACUCACAAAGCACUGAUGACUCACUAAGCACUGGCGACUCACUAAGCACUGGUGACUCACAAAGCACUGACGACUCACUAAGCGCUGAUGACUUUCUGUAUACGGUAUUGCUGAACGAAUCUUAUGUAUCGGCAAAAACCCCAGUCAUUUAAGAAAACAUUUUAAAUAUUCUUUG